UGGGGGUUUGCGAAGAUGAGGACGGUGGUUUUGAUCACCAGAGUGAGCAGUGGAAUUGGCCUGGCCCUCUGCAAGCAGCUGCUGGUGGAAAACGAUGAGAUUCGUCUGUGUUUGGUGUGCAGGAAUGUGAACAAAGCGGAAGGUGUCCGAGCCACUCUGCUGGCCUCUCAUCCCACCGCCGAAGUCACCAUCGUGCAGGUGGAUGUCAGCAACCUGCAGUCAGUAUUCCGGGCCUCCAAGGAACUUAAGCAAAGGUUUCAGAGACUGGACUUUGUAUAUCUAAAGGCUGAGAUCAUGCCUAAUCCACAACUAAAUAUCAGAGCACUUUUCUCUGGCCUCUUUUCAAGAAAAGUGAUUCAUAUGUUCUCCACAGCUGAAGAACUGCUGACCCAGGAUAACAACAUCACUGCUGAUGGGUUCCAGGAGGCGUUUGAAACUAAUGUCUUUGGCCACUUUAUCCUGAUUUGGGAACUGGAACCGCUCCUGUGUCACAGUGACCAUCCAUCUUGGCUCAUUUGGACAUCAUCUUGCAAUGCAAGGAAAUCUAAUUUCGGCCUGAGGACUUCCAGCACAGCAAAGGCCAAGAACCCUAUAGCUCUUCCAAAUAUGCCACUGACCUUCUGAAUGUGGCUUUCAAUAGGAACUUCAACCAGAGGGAUCUGUAUUCCAGCAUGGUAUGCCCAGGUACAGUACUAACCAAUUUGAC